AUGACACUCCGCUCUACUGAUAGUCUAGAAAAUUGUCGAGGAGUUUUGCGAAUACGCGAACAGCUUAUCGUGGGAAAGUUUCCGGCUCCUAACCAAAAACUAGUACACGCAUCGCAUUAUCAUUUCAUCAUGAAACGUCGAUUUGAAUGUAGAUCUACAUGGAAUGCUGUUGCCACCGAAAGAUUAUUGGUUGCGCGUAUUUCGAUCAAGAGUACACAACUCAAACGAGUCGUACGAGUCGAACGAGUCGAACGAGCCGAACGAGUCGAACGAGUCGAACGAGUCGAACGAGUCGAACGAGUCGAACGAGUCGAACGAGUCGAACGAGUCGAACGAGUCGAACGAGUCGAACGAGUCGAACGAGUCGAACGAGUCGAACGAGUCGAACGAGUCGAACGAGUCGAACGAGUCGAACGAGUCGAACGAGUCGAACGAGUCGAACGAGUCGAACGAGUCGAACGAGUCGAACGAGUCGAACGAGUCGAACGAGUCGAACGAGUCGAACGAGUCGAACGAGUCGAACGAGUCGAACGAGUCGAACGAGUCGAACGAGUCGAACGAGUCGAACGAGUCGAACGAGUCGAACGAGUCGAACGAGUCGAACGAGUCGAACGAGUCGAACGAGUCGAACGAGUCGAACGAGUCGAACGAGUCGAACGAGUCGAACGAGUCGAACGAGUCGAACGAGUCGAACGAGUCGAACGAGUCGAACGAGUCGAACGAGUCGAACGAGUCGAACGAGUCGAACGAGUCGAACGAGUCGAACGAGUCGAACGAGUCGAACGAGUCGAACGAGUCGAACGAGUCGAACGAGUCGAACGAGUCGAACGAGUCGAACGAGUCGAACGAGUCGAACGAGUCGAACGAGUCGAACGAGUCGAACGAGUCGAACGAGUCGAACGAGUCGAACGAGUCGAACGAGUCGAACGAGUCGAACGAGUCGAACGAGUCGAACGAGUCGAACGAGUCGAACGAGUCGAACGAGUCGAACGAGUCGAACGAGUCGAACGAGUCGAACGAGUCGAACGAGUCGAACGAGUCGAACGAGUCGAACGAGUCGAACGAGUCGAACGAGUCGAACGAGUCGAACGAGUCGAACGAGUCGAACGAGUCGAACGAGUCGAACGAGUCGAACGAGUCGAACGAGUCGAACGAGUCGAACGAGUCGAACGAGUCGAACGAGUCGAACGAGUCGAACGAGUCGAACGAGUCGAACGAGUCGAACGAGUCGAACGAGUCGAACGAGUCGAACGAGUCGAACGAGUCGAACGAGUCGAACGAGUCGAACGAGUCGAACGAGUCGAACGAGUCGAACGAGUCGAACGAGUCGAACGAGUCGAACGAGUCGAACGAGUCGAACGAGUCGAACGAGUCGAACAGGUCGAACGAGUCGAACGAGUCGAACGAACACAUUUGGAUGUUUUGAAUUCCAGAACUCAACCACUUUUAGAAUCUGUAAAAAUGCGUCUGGUUCACGGUUAUUCGGAUUUCUGGAGAAACGUUAGUACAACACUCGUGAGCAUGGACGCCGAGGCUCAACAUCUGGCAGCUACGAUGGUGCUGCAGAAAUACGUACAGAAGCUGGAGACGGCACUACCAACGGAAGAAUAG